CCUCCCGUCCCCCCCACUUCCCCCUCAGGCGGCGGUCAGGCCCGGAGGCCAAAUCCUGGGUUCCCAUGGCGACGCCGGGCGGCAGGGGCGCGGCGGGAGGCUCCGACCACUCGCGCGCGCGCGCGGCUUCUCGGGUCCUUGCUGGCCUCCUUGGUUCUCUCGGGGACCCCGGCCGCUGCCUGCGGCCUUCUACCAGGCGAGGCCCUGCUCGGGGUUCUUCCGGCCUCCCACCAGGCAAAACCCGCAAGAAGCGGUUUCUGGCGUGACUGGGUCCCUGCGGCCGAAGGGCGCCUCCCGGCCACGCUCGCUGUAGUGAAGGAGCGCGGCAGUCCGGGGCUCAUUUGCGUGAUUUCCCUCGGCGGUGGAGGUCGCUCCUAGUCGAGGCGGCGGCCAAUCACCCAAACAGCCCUCAGGUGCCUCCCUGCUGACCUCUUUUUCACUUGGCGACGUACUGUAAGAUGGUAUUACUUUAAUCAUCUUCACAUCAGUAUUUAUGGAAUAGCCACAGGUGCCUCAACCUUUAGUAGGAGUUAAUUAUACAUUUUCUGGCCGAGUAAACAUCUCCGAAUGGUAUGUAUGUGUUUUUAUAUGACCAAAAUUUUAAAUCGUUUAGUAUUUAUCUGUGCCUAUCAUACCCAGUAUUCUUUGAAAUCUCUAUUUAAUAGUGCAAAAUGAUUGUUUUUCUAGUCAUUGAAACAGCUAUGUGGAAGGCAGUGUUCUAAUUACCAGUUUAAUUUUAGAGUUAGAAGGGUGCUCAGAGAUCAGCCAGUUCAACGAGGAAAAACUGCAAAUAUGAGACUGGUGGAAAAAGUAGGAUUAUAUAAUAAAUAAUGAUAUUUAUUAUAAAUAUCAUUAAAAAUAUAAAACAAAGUUUAUACCAGUUACGGAACUAGGACCGAAUAUCAAAAUAUUAGAUAUAAAAUGGAUAAUAUACUGUCUUGUUCUACUAUACUGCCAAACUUUGUGAUUUAAUUGUGUUAUCCUAUAUUUACAUUUUUUCUUUUAUACUUUAGCUUUUUCAGUACUCACUGUGCUUCCUUUAAAAUUUUAUCCUUUUUACAUUCUUUAACAACAGAUGGGAUAUGUGAAAGAGUUUUAAAUAUAUCUGUAACUGGAAAGAUUUUCUUGUUCGAAGUAGAUUUUGUUAUUUAAUAAUAUUCUUAUUGCCCUGUUCCAUUUUGUCUGUUUUUCAUUCAUCCCUUAGGUUUUAUGUGGGUUUUUUUUUGGAAAUCAAAAUUUUCAAACUUGUGCUUGGAUCCAGUAUUCACCAUUAAAAUAUUUUUUUAGAUAAGGAAAUAAAAUAUUUACAAUAAAGUUGAAGUCUCAUCCCACCCAUCCAUAACCAGUCACUCCAUGGAUUCCUUUGGGCAACCCAGACCAGAAGAUAAUCAGUCAGUAGUCAGCAGAAUGCAAAAGAAAUACUGGAAAACUAAACAGGUCUUUAUCAAAGCAACAGGAAAAAAAGAGGAUGAGCACUUGGUGGCGUCUGAUGCUGAACUGGAUGCUAAACUUGAGGUUUUUCACUCCGUUCAAGAGACAUGCACUGAACUUCUGAAGAUAGUCGAGAAAUACCAGCUAAGACUCAAUGUUAUAUCAGAGGAAGAAAAUGAGCUAGGGCUCUUUUUAAAGUUUCAAGCGGAACGGGAUGCAACUCAAGCUGGCAAAAUGAUGGACGCCACUGGCAAGGCACUUUGUUCUUCAGCCAAGCAAAGAUUGGCCCUGUGUACUCCUCUGUCUCGUCUGAAGCAAGAAGUAGCAACAUUCAGCCAAAGGGCGGUAUCUGAUACCUUGAUGACAAUUAAUCGGAUGGAGCAGGCGCGCACAGAAUACAGAGGAGCUCUGCUGUGGAUGAAAGAUGUAUCCCAAGAGCUGGACCCAGACACCUUAAAGCAAAUGGAAAAGUUUAGAAAAGUACAGAUGCAAGUGAGAAAUAGCAAAGCUUCUUUUGACAAGUUAAAGAUGGAUGUUUGUCAGAAAGUGGAUUUACUUGGAGCUAGUCGCUGCAAUAUGCUAUCUCAUUCGCUCACUACCUACCAGAGAACACUGCUUGGAUUCUGGGAGAAAACAGCUCGAAUGAUGUCCCAAAUUCAUGAAGCCUGUAUUGGCUUUCAUCCAUAUGAUUUUGUAGCUCUCAAGCAACUACAAGACACUCCAAGCAAGCUUGCUGAAGACAAUAAAUAUGAACAAAUAGGCGGUUUUCUUACUGAACAGCUCAAUAAGCUAGUUUUGUCUGAUGAGGAAGCAAGCUUUGAGAGAGAACAAGCAAACAAAGAUCACAAGGAAAAACAUUCUCAAAUGAGAGAAUUUGGAGCACCUCAGUUUUCUAACUCUGAAAAUGUUGCAAAAGAUCUACCUGUAGAUUCAUUGGAAGGAGAAGAUUUUGAGAAGGAAUUCUCAUUUCUGAACAACCUCCUAAGUUCUGGUUCUUCAAGUACUAGUGAAUUUACCCAAGAAUGCCAGACUGGCUUUGGGAGCCCCAGUGCCAGUCUCACGUCCCAGGAGCCUUCCAUGGGGUCUGAGCCCCUCACUCAUUCUUCUCGAUUCCUUCCUUCACAACUUUUUGACCUUGGCUUUCAUGCGGCUGGAGCAUUCAACAGCUGGGUCUCCCAAGAGGAAUCAGAGCUUCGUCUUUCACACACUGAUAACCAGCCAGUGCCUUCACAGAGUCCAAAGAAAUUAACAAGAUCCCCCAACAAUGGUAAUCAAGACAUGUCAGCCUGGUUCAAUCUAUUUGCAGACUUGGAUCCACUUUCAAACCCAGAUGCUAUUGGACACUCAGAUGAUGAACUCCUUAAUGCUUGACUGAAGUUAUAAUGUCACUUCAGUGGCCUUGAGACAUCAAUUUUGCAACGCAUUUCCUUUGUGGAAAGGAGUUUAUAUUGUAACCCACACACAAAAGCAUGGUGUUUGUGAAUAUAACACCUGUCAGCCAACUUUAGACAGAUGGUAAAGACCACAUUUGAAUAGGUUAAGUACAUCUUUCAUAUCUUGGAUUUGCAGCUGUUAGUACUAUGUGGAAAAUAUUAGAAACUUCUAUAUGGAAAAUAUUAGAAAACUAUGGAGUCUGCAAUAUUUAGAUACUGAAACUUAUGUCAAAAUAACGGCUAGGAGUAAUUCUGUCAAUAUGGAGUUGAGCUUAUUUCUUUGGAAACCCUUUCAAGUUGCCUUGCUGGCUGUGAGAAUUUUAUCUGUGGAUAAAAAAAGAUAGCAUGUAAAUUGGGUUGUGGUUUGGGGUCAGUUUUUAAAUAAAAUAGUAACAAGGAGGAUUUUCUGUUUUCGAAAACAGCAUUAGAACCAGACCAGCUUUGUUUUGGGUUAGAGAGAUAGAAUAAGAUUUGAGAACUUAGUUUGCUUUAAUGAAAUCACAGAGAAACUUGAUACUUGUUUUUCUUCAUUUGGAGGCUAAAAUGUAAUGUUUUUUCAUUCAUACAAAAUAAUGGACACUCCCUAAUUCCAUUAUUAAAUCUUGAAGGGGAAAUAGCAGGAUAAUUAAUUUGCUAAGCCCAUUCUCUGUAGAAACAGAAAAUCUUCCCAUCUCCUAAACCUCAGAAUGCACAGUAAUACUUAAGGCUUGUACAAGUGUCUUCAGACCCACUUUUUCAUACAUUUGCGAUAUAGUAUUAUGCAGUAUUUAUAUUAUUCCUGAAAAUAAAAUGAGGGGGAGAAUAUUCCCUAAGCAACUGGCAAUAGUAUUCCUGAUAUACCUAGAAAUUUCUAUCUGAAUGAGGAGACACUUAUGAACACCUUAUCCUUACAUAUAUUUGCAUACUUACCCCAUAUUUUGUGACAUAAUUUAACCCAGAAUACUUUCUGGCAGACAUACAGAAAGCUCUGUGUGAUCAAUAAGGGAGUGUCUCAUUUUUCUACUUCCCUCUUUUUGUGGGUGACAUCAUCUGAGGCUCUAUUUGAUUACUAAGCAAAAUCUGUUACCCUUACAGGGUUUAGAACCUAAGUAUUAGAGAGGAAGGCUAUUUAAUGCAAGUUAGUGUAAGCUGAUAAAAACAUAGCUACUGUACACGCACAUCAAUCACUCAAUUUCCUGUCCUUUUUUCUUGCCCACCCUUUAAUUCUGAAGCAAUUUCCCAAGUGUUUUGCAUCCACUCCAUUGCAUUUCCGUAAGAAGACAUUUUGAAUAAGUUAUUCACAGUAGUUUCCAUGUGCUCUUAGUUCUAUUCUAAACAGGCUUAUUUAGAAGAGGAUUGCUUGUAAUGUUUGUCAUGGUACAUAGAAAACAUUGGACCAGAGUAGGUAAAAUGCAGUCCACGUCCCAUCCAUAGCCACCUAUAAUAGUAACUGCCCACAAGCUCUCCGGAAAACUACUACAAUGGCCAAGUACAGUAUAGGCUGGAAAGACCUUAUUAGAAACAUUGACUCAGAAAAAAGGUAUGAAGUCUUUCCAUAAAAUCUUUUCACAAUAUUACUCCUAUUUCUUUAGAUUUUAAUGAGCCAUUACUUAUCUCUUCAGAAGCAUUUUUUAAGUCUUCCUUUAUACUCAGUGAAAUUUCCCAGAAUGCAAUACUGUCAUUGUUCUGCCAAGUUCCAAUCACCAAGAUCAUGAUUAUGAAUCCCAAUCUGAAUUCUGUACCCAUGGUGACUCUGGUGCUCUCAACUUUUGAGUGCCUCAAAAAAUGCUAAAUCUUUGUCCGGGCAUGGUGGCUCAUGCCUGUAAUCCCAGCACUUUGGGAGGCCAAGGCAGGUGGAACAUUUGAGCUCAUGAGUUCGAGACCCAGCCUGGCCAACAUGGUGAAACCCUGUCUCUGCUAAAAAUACAAAAAUUAGCCAGGUGUGGUGGUGCAUGCCUGUAAUCCCAGCUACUCGGGAGAAGAAUUGCUUGAACCCAGGAGGCGGAGGUUGCAGUGAGCGGAGAUUGCACCACUGCACUCCAGCCUGGGUGACAGAGCGAGACUCCGUCUCAAAAAAAAAAAGCUAACUUUAUGUCUUGAGAGUUUGUACCAUUUUUCUUUGUAGUGGUCACCUUGCUAAUGCAUUAGUUCUGAGAUAUUUAUCUCCCUCACGUGUGUGCAGGGAAGUCCCUGUUAUCUGAUACAGAUACUUUAACAAGCAGACAAAGCAGAAGUCCAAAGCCCUAGGAACACCCUAAAUUUUCCAAAAGCAAAGGUUCUCCCAAAAUGGAGACAUACCAGGGACUGUUAUUAUUCAGUUACUAGUUUCUAUAACAUUUCUUCUUUCAACAGAGUAUGUUUCCCUUUUAACCCAGAGCAACAUUAACUUCCUUAGCAAGUCCAGUUCUAACUUCCAACAAGUCCAACCACUAUUUUUGAAGAGCAUAUCAAUAACUUUAUUAAGACGAAGGCAACCAUAUUUGUAUUUUCUCAAGAUUAGUUAUUUGAAGCUCAGCAGUUUUUGUGGUCAAAGAAAUUUUGCUCUAUUAAACCAAUAUUGCUAAUAUAAAAAACCACCACACUGAAGAAAGGAGGGAAAGGAUGGGAAAAGCACAGAACAGAGAAUGACUGGUUGCUUUUUGUCUUGAUCUAGAUAAUCCAUUCAAUAAGAAGUAAAUUAAUUAUCCUUAACCAAUGGUAGGCUGAGACCAACCCUCAAAAUAGGUAUUUUGCUAUGUUACAUGGGGAGAAAUAUCUAUACUUUAUUUUAUACUGGAUAAGAAUAUGUUUAAGUCUAAAGACGAGCUAAACUUUGCCUAGUGUGUCUACAACCAUUUUUUAGGAGAGGCAGGAAUAUCAGGGCAUAAUAAGAUCAGAUUGGUGUAAUUUUGUAUGUUUUUGAAAUCCUUCAUUAAUUGUAGAAUCUCGAUAGGAUUAGAAACAAACUGUAUUUCAACAAACAGGUUUCAGUAUUUGCACAUUGAAAAAGUGUUUUGUAUUUCAACUAUAAAUAUUUCGCAUAUCUGUAUAGACCAUCUAGAAAUGUAGAGGUCUUACAGCAUUAGAACGAAGGAAGUUUAAACGUGCUCCGUCUAUUUUUCUGAGCCUCUUUUAAUAAAGAUUGCAAGAUGGCAUAAAACAAAA